AUGCCUUUCUCUAUCUUCUCCCGCAAGAAACCCACUCGCCGGUUCAACGACUUCUACUCCGACUGGUCCAAAACCCUAACCGACAACUGCCUCCCUCUCCUCCGCCAAUCACUCUCCUCCACCGCCUCCGCCUCCGUCCUCUCAUCCAACGUCGACCUCGUCCUCCGCCACCUCGUCUUGUACUACGAAACCCUAGACCUCGCCGCCGACCCCAACACCAUCCCUUACCUCCUCUUCCCUUCGUGGCGCAACUCCCUCGAGACGCCGUUCCUCUUCCUCGGCGACAUCCAUCCUUACCUCCUCACCAACCUCCUCCGCUCCUUCAUCGACCGCGAGAAUCAAGAUUCCGACUACGAGGACGAGGACACCCUCCGCUUGAUUCCGGACCUCGUGAACCAGCCCUUGAAGAUCGCCACCGCGUGGAAAGAUCCGUCGGACGAGCUGGUGAUGAGGAUCGAUCAGAUAGAGUGUACGAUGAGGCUAAUGGUUCCUGUUCUUAUGGACCGUGUGAGGAAAGCGCAGAGAGGGUUCGUGUCUCGCGUCUCGGAGAACUGGAUCUCGGCGUAUCAGGUGGGGAAGAAGAAGAAGACGGCGGUGACGGCAGCUUCGGCGGGUGUGGAGGAUGCGGCCAAGGGAGAGAUGGAGGAGCUUGUGAGUAUCUUUGUCGACGCGAAUCGUUUGAGGAAGAGUGUGAUCAUGGACAUUGUUGGAGCUACGAGCGAGCAUCAAGCAGCUCUGUUUCUUGAAGGGUUGUGUCAGUUUCUUGCUGGGUUUAAAGAUCAGGUUCUUCUCCAAGAUUUCGAGGUCGUUGCAUUGCCCAAUUAGGAAAUUAAAAAACUUUGUUUUCUUCAUGGUGGAAUCAAGAUUUGAUUAGUUGUAGAAAGUUUUCAAAAUUUUGUAAAUUUCUGUGGAGUUUGCACCCGGUUAUGUUAGAUGUUUCAUUCU